CAGCAGUGAUAGGUGUGUCUACACCUUCACAGGAAGAAACCAACCGAUAAGAGUGCAACACAACACCGUUAGAGCCUCAAGACAGACAAGCUGGUAGUUGCUCAAAGAGAUUUAAACAGCCAAUGGAAUACACCAUCGCCGUCGCAUGCUGAUACCACACCAAAUCAGACCAGAGGUUGCAUGCAUGUACGUGCACACACAUGCAAAGACUCCUAAUGGCCGAGCCACCUAAGUGCUGCAUCUGUCUGGAUGAGUUCACCAGCCCGGCUUCCCUGCCCUGUGCACACUGCUUCUGCCUGGGCUGUAUAGGCGAAUACUGGAGGAUCCAGGGGGCCUGUCAGUGCCCGCUCUGCAAGGCCUUUUUCCCCACCAGGCCGCAGCUGAAAACAGACCACGCACUACAUGCUGAUGCCCCGACCGAGGAGGCAGCUGUGCCUUUAAAAGCUGGAGAGGUUCCCUGUGAUCUCUGCCCGGUGAAGCGCAGGGCAGUCAAGUCCUGCCUGGUGUGCCUGGCCUCGUACUGUGCCGCUCAUCUGGAGCCACAUUACCAGAGAGAAGAUCUUGGGCGCCAUCUCCUGAUCAGUGUGGUGAAGAACCUGGAGGACUCUGUGUGUAGACUGCACGGGAAGCCGUUAAACAAGUUCUGCAGGAGUGAUCAAACGUGCAUCUGUUCCAUGUGUGCCCAGACCGAACACAGGGGCCAUCGCAUCACUUCUAUCAACAGGGAAGCUACAAAGAAGAAGGUUAAACUAAAAUUGAGAAAGAUGAAACUUCAGCAAGCCAUUCAAGAGAGACUGAGUAAAAUUGAGAAAAUAAAGCUCUCUGUGAAAGAGGAACAAAACAAAGAGCUCAUCGGACAACUGGAGGACGAAAUCUCGGAGCUGCAGAGCAGAAGCACCGAGCUCGAGCAGAUCUCACAGACUGAAGACGACCUCCGCUUCCUACAGACAUUUAGACACACCGCUACGUCUUAACAAAUGGACGGACACCUUCAAGUUCAAAUAGUUAUUUUUUGGGGUAGAAAAAUAUCCACAGCAGCAGACAUAGUUGGACGGUGUGAUUGCUGUAAAACAAAUAUUUAUAUAUUUAUACUAUUUUGGGAAAUAUACUUCUAGACUUGCUGUUGGAGGAAAAGGGCAAAUUGUGGUUUUUACACAUCAGUGAGGAUAUAUUGUAUGGAUGUAACUUGUGCCUGGAUGCGUGAUGUGAUUUAUUUCAAAGAUAAUGUGAGCUUAAAUGCCAUGUAGUAUUUCAGUGUUUUAAUGUAUUUUUGUUUUGAUUUAAAUGUCAUAUUUUGA